AUGAAGCAAUCAAGAAAAGCUGCCAAAGUCGCCUAUCAAGGUUUGAAGGAGUUGGUUAAGUUUGGAAAGUUUGCUGAAGUUGAAAACAAUGUUGUUGCUAGUUCCAUUAAUGUUGAGGUUGUCGACGAACACGUGGCACCUAAAUCAAAUCCAUUUGCAUUUGAAGAGGUUGAAAUAUCUGAUGAUGAAGAAGAAGAGAUUCAAGAAAAUGAUAUGACUGAGAAUGAGCUCGAAGUUUUUCUGCAAAGUAUCUCAAUCCCUGAAGAGGAUGUGGUUGUCACACCCUCUGCUGUGACUGAAAGAGAUCGUGACUCAACUCCUCCCCAAACAGUUCAUGUUACAACUAAACCUCCAUCUGAGAGUGAUCAAGAAGAUUCAUCUCACGUUCUACUCCCGAGGAAAAGAAAAAGAAGAGAUCCAAGACCUAGACUACUUAUCAUAGACCCUAUUCAAAAUGUAUCUACUCCGAUUGAACCUAGUUCUGUGGCCCAAACUAUUGAAAGCACAUUCACUGAGUCCUCUCUAGUGAUGCAAGAGAUUUCAAGCCCAUUACCUAAAUCCACUUCUAUGGAUCAAGAUUUUGAAAGCCCCAUUGUUGAAAAAGAAGUCUUACCUUCAGAAAGGGCUCAACCUUCUGGAAGCUCCUUUGAAGCCCCCGGGCUGGAUAAUUCAAAAGGCAAAAGCAAGCUGCCUGAGUCUGAAUUUAUGGAUGUUGCUCUGCUUCAAAACAGAGUUGUUGAUUUGGAACAGAGCUUAGCUGAAAAGGAUUUGAUUAUUGGAAAUCAGGACAUUAGAAUCAGUGAUCUUGAAAAGGAGAACUCCAUUAAAGAUGCAAAGAUUUCAGAACUUCAAGCAAAUAUUGGUGGUCUAACUGCUUUAUUCUUUGACCUGAAACAACGCUUGCAUCAAAAGUUUGAUGGUGAUUUUCAACCUUUAAGCGCUGAAGGAGAAAAUACUUUUGCUUCUAGUUCUGGUCCAAUCAAUCCAACUUGUCAACCUGCAAGUGAAAUAGUAGUAAGACCUGCUCCGGAUGCAAAUCUUGACACAUUUUUAUCUUCUGGUCCUGCUUCUGCUCAAGAAAGAAGAGAGAAAUGUAGUGGUGUUGAUUAUGAUGGCAUGUGCGAAAUUAGACAAGAUCUAGUGAAUCAUCAUGUAAACUCAAGAACACAAGGAGUAAAUAAAUUUGUGUAA